UUUAAAACAAAUUUUUAAACAAAAUUACAGUGUAGGUCUAGUAUGUGGCUCAAGCUUUAAACGCUGUCUGUGUGCGAACAUCACCAAUGGCCGCGUUAGCAAUACUGCCACUCAGCUGUUAUUUGUUUUCGUUGGCGUCACAAAAUGCCAGGACGAGAAGGUAAGACGCGGCCAGCUGAGAGGAGCAAUUCUUAAUCGCAAUAAGAAAAUGACGUUGGAAAAGAGGGCGCAGGAAUAUUUAGAUUCGCUAAAAAUGGUUUGGAUGCAACUCCAUAGUAUGCCCGGUGUCUUUAGCUAUGAACUGAAUGCAACCAAAGCUCGUGUUCUUUCGGGCAAAUGCAAUUUCUAUGCUGAGCUAAAUAAGGAUCGAAGUAUGAAACGUCGUUUGCCCCAAACCAUUGAGAAUCUGAAUCCGAAAUUUAAACCUUCCCACUUCAACUUCAAUAAAGUCAAUACGAUUGAGCAAUUAAUGAUCAUUGAACACAAUGACAGACAAGUGCAUAUGAUUGUUAACAAGAGUCCUAUCACUCAAUAUCACACGUUAAUUUGUCCGGAUGUUAAGAAGAACUUGGUGCAAAAAAUUACUGCUGAGAGCUUACUAUUCUGCAUCACCUUUAUGCGUCACAUAAACGAUGGCAACAUACGUAUAGGCUACAAUAGUCCUGGCGCACUGGCCUCAGUUAAUCAUCUGCACUAUCAUCUCGUGCACAUGCCACAGGACUUGUAUAUAGAUAAGGUGGAACUGGAGCAUCUGGCCGAUGGUUAUACGUAUCGUUUAAGCAGCAAACUGCCCACAGAGGCGGUUUGUUUUGUAUUUAAUUCAAACGACACGAAGGCGUUGGUAAGGGAAAAGGUGGAAAAUAUACAUCGACUAACAGAAUGGAUGUGCGACCAAAACUUGCCACACAAUCUUUUCAUCACGCAUGAUCGUCGUGACUUAAACAAGCCUGGCAAAGUCUUGGUAUAUGUAUUUGCACGCAGCAAGUUCUGUGUCACUAAGGAUUUGGCUCACUUCAAUGUCGGUUUCUGUGAACUGGCGGGCUACAUACCAUUAGGUGAUGACACAAAGCUACAGAGUUUAACGGAGAAGAUGGUUGUAGAACGUGUACGUGAUAUAUCAGGCGAUGCUUAUAAAUCCGUUUACGGGAAGGUCAAGUUUAUAGUCAACAACUCUCCUACCGCACUCAUCUGGGAACAACCGUUUACCAUUUAAGCAAACACAAACUGAAGGAUAAAUAUACAAAACAUUUAUAUUUACAUUAA